CCGGAAUGGAGAAGUGCUGUGAUUUGUACUUCCGUGAGGGUUUCCUGUGACGAUGUGGUCUUCCGGGAUGUUGAGGCCACGGCUGAUAGUUUUCUGCUCAGGAAGUUACUUGGUGAAGCAGGUGGAGUCGGGGACAGUCCAGUUCCAGUUCUCACUGAGCCCCGGUGGACACCUGGACGCGCCCGCAGGGCACCCCAGGGUGGAGCGGCGGCCCCCCAGGAAGACACCCACGUCGCCGUCAAGCCCGCCAGUGCCGCUGCCCCAGGGGCUCACCUCCCAGGACUCGCCUGUGGGACCAGGGCUGUCGCUUUCCCAGCUCGCAGCCUCCCCGCCGUCCCCGACUCGUUGCCGCCCGGCCACCGCCAAGCCCUCUUCCCAGCAGCCCGCCGGCUCCGAGCCCUCUCGGGCCCAGGUGGGGCCCCCCUUGGAGGCAGGAAUUGCACACCUGGAAGCGGACCUGAGCCGGACGUCCUCGGUCCCGGGAGCGUGUGUUGCCGGACAGUUACAGGAGCUGCCUUUCACCCCUGUGCACGCCCCGAUCGUCGUGGGGACCCAGACCCGCAGCUCCAGCAGGGAGCUCUCCAGGGCCUGCCUGGCGCUGCUGCAGUCCUCCGGCAUCCCUGGCAUUCUGGAUGCCAGCCAGCAGCCGGUCGAGGCCGUGAGCCCCGCCGACCCCGUGCAGUUCAGCCCUCAGAAGGAGGAAGCAGACUGUCUCCAGAGCAGCGAGAUCGUGCUGCAGUUCCUGGCCUUCAGCAGGGUGCCCCAGGGGGACCAGGAGACGCCGUGGCCCAGCACGGUGUACUUCACCUUCCAGUUCUACCGCUUCCCGCCCGAGACGACCCCUCGGCUGCAGCUGCUCAAGCUGGACAAGCUGGGCGAGCCUGGGGAGACCCCCUCGGGGGCCCUGUCGCACGUCCUGGUCCCCGUCAGUAAGGACGGCGCUGAUGCUGGGUCUCCCGGCUUCCAGCUGCGGUACCUGGUGGACUCCGGAUUCCUGAAGCCCGGGGAGCGGCGCUGGUUCACCCGCUACCUGGCCGCCCAGACCCUGCAGAUCGACGUGUGGGACGGAGACUCCUUGCUUCUCAUCGGCUCUGCCGCCGUGCAGCUGAAGCAUCUCCUCCGCCAGGGGCGGCCGGCUGUGCAGGUGUCCCACGAGCUCGAGGUCGUGGCCACGGAGUACGAGCAGGACGCGCUGGUGCUGAGCGGAGACCUGACUGGGUUCGGCAGCGUCAAGCCAAUUGGUGUCCACACGGUGGUGAAGGGCUGGCUGCACCUGACCUUGGCCAACGUGGGUCACUUGUGUGAGCAGAGAGGGCGAGAGUCCAGCUCUUUGCCACCUUCCAGGUCGUGGAUCAUCUCGAACGAUGGAGCCAGCCGCUUCGAGGGAGGCAGCCUCCUCACGCAAGGGGGCCCGAGACGUGUGAAGAAUGUGGUCCAGGCUCAGAAGCUGGCCGACGUGGACAGUGAGCUGGCCGCCAUGCUGCUCACCCCCAUGCCGCCGAGGAGCAAGGGGCCCCCGGGCUCCGGCCGAGAGGGGGACGCGGUCCGCAGGCGCAAGCUGGAGCGGAUGAGGGCCGUGCGCCUGCAGGAGGCCGGAGGCGAGCUGGGCUGCCGGAGGGCCGGGGUGCUGGCCCAGCAGAGCGUCCGUGCCCAGCACGCGAGGGACCUGCAGGUCAUCGCCGCCUACCGCGAGCGCUCGAAGGCCGAGAACAUCAGCAGCGCGCUGAGCCUGGCCAUCACCACGGAGCACACCAUCUACGCCACCCUGGGCGCCGCCGAGUUCUUCGAGUUUGCGCUCAGGAACCCUCACAGCACGCCGCACACGGUGACCAUCGAGGUGGACAGCCCUGAGCUCAGCCUCAUCCUGGACAGCCGGGAGUGGAGAUACUUCAAAGAUGUGGCCAACCUGCACACGCCCGUGGAGGAGGACAUGUUCCACCUGCGGGGCAGCCUCGCCCCCCAGCUCUUCCUGCGCCCCAGGGAGACCGCCCACAUCCCCUUCAGAUACCAGACCUUCUCCGUGGUGCAGGCCUCUGCUGAGCCGAGAUCUGAGAAGGGCACAGACCCUGGACGGCCUGGCAAGUCCAGUGUGAUGCCCACCAGACAUGCCAAGGUGGUGUUCCGGGCCGGCAGCGGCAAGCCCCUGGCGGUGCUCCGCCUGACCGUGCAGCCCCAGCCCCACGAGGUGCACCAGGUCUUCCGCUUCUACCACCCAGAGCUCACCUUCCUGAAGAAGGCCAUCCGCCUGCCUCCCUGGCACACGCUCCCAGGGGCUCCUGUGGGGAUGCCUGGCGAGGACCCCCCAGUUCACGUCCGAUGUAGCGACCCAAGCGUCAUCUGUGAGACCCAGAAUGUGGGCCCCGGGGAGCCGAGGGACGUGUUCUUGAAGGUGGCCAGUGGUCUGAGCCCGGAGAUCAAAGACUUCUUUGUCACCAUUUACGCGGACCGCUGGCUGGCGAGGCCCGUGCAGAUAUGGCAGGUGCACCUGCACUCCCUGCAGCGGGUGGACGUCUCUUGUGUCACCGGCCAGCGCACCCGCCUGUCCCUUGUCCUCCGGGGGACGCAGGCAGUCAGGAAAGUGAGGGCCUUCACCUCGCACCCCCAGGAGCUGACGACGGACCCCAAAGGCGUCUUCGUGCUGCCGCCUCGCGGGGUGCGGGACCUGCACGUGGCCCUGCGGCCCCGCCGAGCGGGCGGCCGCUUCGUGCGCCUCAACGUGGUGGACGUGGACUGCCAGCAGCUCGUGGCCUCGUGGCUCGUGUGCCUCUCCUGCCGCCCGCCCCUCAUCUCCAAGGCCUUCGAGAUCACGAUCGCCGCGGGGGAGGGGAGGGGCGCCCACAAGCGCAUCACCUACACCAACCCCUACCCCUUCCGGCGAACCUUCCACCUGCACAGCGACCGCCCGGACCUGCUGCAGUUCAAGGAGGACACCUUCCAGGUGGGCGGUGGAGAGACCUACACCAUCGGCCUGCGGUUCGCGCCAGGCCGCGAAGCUGGCGAGGAGGAGGUGCUGAUUUAUAUCAACGACCACGAGGACAAGAACGAGGAGACCUUUUGCGUGAAGGUCAUCUACCAGUGA